CUCUAACUGGUGUCAUACCUUCAUAAAUAAAGGCAUAAUGCAAUGUUGGCGUUACAUUUGACCAAGAGGGUUUGACCAAAAAUCAGAUCUGCCCUUGAUAUGCGGACUGCAAGUGGAUGGAGACAUCUAGUGGCUAGUUACAUCCAAGUGAACAGAUGCUGAACAGAGUUCACUCAAAAAUGAGUUAAAAUGAGACUGAUCAAACUGACUGAUCAAAUAUUAAAAUUGUAAAAAGUUGCUAAAGUUCGGUGAUGCUUUGUAAAAGAAUAGAAGGACAUUAUAAUAUUUAUUAUUUUAUUCUAAUGACAUCACUAGCUUUUAAAAUUAAGAAAUAAAAACAAAUCUGCAUAUGGCUGUGUGAAAUAAAUAAUUUGAGAAUAGUUUCAUUUGCAUUAGUGCUGUGUCUUCUUUUACUCUCAUGUACUUGUGUCAGUUUUAGCACAAUAAAAAUUGUGCUAAACAGGUAGAAUAAGUACUCUGACUAGUAUUUUUAAAAUAAUACACUUUGAUUUAUUUUGCCUUAAGUACAAUUACAGUAUAAAAGUAAAUUAUUUAAUCUUUCAAACAAAUGUCGUCAAAUUUGUCAUCCUUAAAAGGAGCGAACGCCCCUAGUGGGCGGGGACACUCAUGACAACAAACCGGCUAUUCCUCCAAUCAAACACCUCGAUACGGCGAUCCGUGUGUGAUGCUGAUACAGUACUCGCUCAUGACAGAAGAUCUGUUGUCUGGUAAUAGCACACAAAGAGGCCUGUUCACCAUACGGUAAAAGCGUCACAACGCGCACUCAAACGCAACCUGACGCGCUCCUCUCAUGGAAGCUCGCGGAUAUUGAGAGGAAUAAAGACUGAAGGCAUGAAACUGACCGGAGUUCACAGCGUUCUUUGGGACGGUGAGAGGCUUGCAGAGGGCAGAUACAGAAUGCAAGGUAAGGGCCUUUGUCCUAGAUCUCUGAUGCACCUCUCAUGUCUUCACGAGUGCGUGCAUUAUGUGCAUUUUGGUUGUCUUAUAGACCGGGUAUUACAUUUAAAUAUGUAUGUAAUAACAUAAUGCAGUAUUCUGUCAUUAAUUUAAUUUGGAAAAAUCCAGCUUAUACUGGGUUUGUAGGGUCUUUGCAGGAUUUCCUGUUUGAACACUUUUACUGGGGGUUAAAUACAAAUUUUAGGCCUAACAGUAGUAAUAGAGUUAUUUUUAAUUUUCUAGAAGUGUUUCAUCCAUCAUACAAAGAGGUGACUGCGAUCAUCCUAAAUGUUACUUGUCAACUUCGUAAAAUUGACAUUUUUGAACACUAGCAAUAUGACUGAAGGCCUGGCAGCAGCAGCAGGUGCCUAAUUCUUGGAAAUGAGGCCUCACAGUGACCAAUGUUGGCGGGAUCCCUGAAUUGUUACCAUGAAAGCAGGGAAUUCAAGAUGCGCUUUUUCCCUGGGCUUCCUGGUGGGCAGCUGCACCUUGUACAUCUUCUUGAGACAGGUGUGGUUUGAGGAAAGCUUCAGCUGGAAACGUAAUGGCAAGAGCAACCCUGCUUCCCUGGGGCCUGAACAAAACAACCCCAACCUUACCUGGAGAGUGGAAGGAUCUGCCCUGAUCAACAUCAAACACCCUCACCAGCCAGGUGAGGAUGGUCACAUCGCAGAUGAGCUGUUUAAGAAAGUGCGUAUCCUGUGCUGGGUGAUGACAGGGCCUAGUAAUCUACAGUCAAAGGCUCGGCACGUGAAGGCAACAUGGAGUCGUCACUGUAACAUAGUGCUGUUCAUGAGCUCUGAGGAAGACCGCAGCUUUCCCACAGUGGGUCUCGGCACAGGAGAAGGCCGUGACCAGCUGUACUGGAAGACCAUUCGUGCCUUCCACUAUGCUCUGAAGAACCACGGCGACGAGGCAGACUGGUUCCUCAAAACCGACGAUGACACGUUCAUCGUUGUAGACAACUUGCGCUGGAUCUUGUCAAACUACACUGCAGAGCAGCCUAUAUAUUUUGGCAAGAGGUUCAAGCCGUAUGCCAAGCAAGGCUACAUGAGUGGUGGUGCAGGUUAUGUGCUCAGCAAAGAGGCCCUGAGAAGGUUUGUGGAGGGUUUUAGUACUAAAGUGUGCACUCAUACCACCUCAGUGGAGGAUCUAGCGAUGGGUCAGUGUCUGGAGAAAAUGGGGGUGGUAGCAGGGGACUCCAGGGACACACUGCACCGCGAAACCUUCCAUCCUUUCAUUCCCGAACACCAUCUCACAGGAAAGUUCUCCAAGACCUUCUGGUACUGGAACUACUGCUACUACCCAAUUGUAGAAGGCCCACAGUGCUGCUCUGACCUUGCUGUGUCUUUCCACUACGUCGACCCUGUGCUAAUGUACACCCUUGAGUACUACACUUACCGUCUGAGGCCCUAUGGCUACCAACACCGCUACCAGCCUCCAGUGCCUGCUGUUCUGUCUUUAGCGUCCCAUACUGGGAAACCCACCACAGAAGCUCAGAGAUUAGAUGAUCGUGUUAAAGAAAAGUCUGUAUCAACAAACACCAUGAAUCCCAGAGCUGAGAAAGUGAAGACUACUGGAACAACGUAUCACAAAGUCACAAAUGCUGCCCAGGGGAGAAACAUAACAGACAGAAUCACUGCAUGAUUGUGAAUAUGAUUGUUUCUUCUUGUGUAAAUACAAAAUGAACGCAUGUAGCACUGAUGGUGAACUGUGAACUUGGAGACUGUGCAAUGGAGUAGUAAAGUGGUUACAGAUCUGGGCUAAUAACCAAAAGCUGUAAGUUCAAACCUUAACAAAGAACAAAUUCUGUCCUUACUGCUGUUGAGCAAGUAACUUUACUGAUUGUGCCAGUAAAAAGUGAACUGUAAGUCACAUUGGGUAAGCGUUUGCUACUCAAUGGAUUUCUUAAUAAGGUCCAUGCUAUUUGAAUAAAUUGUUUUGCUGCCUUCUAGUCUCAGUUCAGUAAAAGUAUCUGAUUCACAUGCUAUACUUCAUCAUAUAUUAUAGCCAAAGUACAAGAAGGGCUUCAAUAGUUUUGUUUUUCAACAGUAAGACAAAAAUGAAAAGCUGUUUCGUAUGAUUCUUUCUUUAAUAUUUCUUUACUUGGAAAGUUCAGACGGCCUUAUUUUUGUGUGAUGUUGUCUAUGACUGGUACAUUACUGACCUGUUACCUUGAGGACAUAGUGUUCUUGAAUGAUCUACUGAUAUCUAAAGCAGUUACAUUAGAAGUCAAACUUGUCUUAAAGCAUUAGUUGUUAACUAUUAGGGACACAAUAAUGUUUCCAAUCGUAUGAUUAAGUUGACACCAAAUUGUUUGUAAGUUUGAUGUACAUAAAUAUACAUGCAGUGAUAUGAAGUUUGUCAUGAAGCCUCUGUUUUGGCAGCAAAUUAUUGCUGUGUGCACUUUUUUUUUGCGGGGUCUAAGUCACUACAUUUUAUGCCGUUUUGAACGUUUAAGUAAUAAAACAUUGUGAGAUCAGAUAGAUAAUAUUUUUAUUUACAAAAAUCAUGUUUUAUACAUUAGACAGCAAAAAUAACUUUUAAUAAAUAUAUUGAAAUGCAGGGUAUGUAAGUGGAUAUGUAGAUGUGGUGAUAUAUAAACUAGGCAAACGUAUAAUCUGCAGUACGUACAAUGAAACAAAUCACACCAUAGGAAAUCAUGUUUAUUUGAUUCAUCUUAUAUAAAUAUUUUCUCUUGCUCUAUCACUUUUGUAAAAUAAAAUGUGAAUUUUUGCUCCCAACGAAAUUUCUUGAAAAGAAGCUGUCAUGACAGAGUGGGAAAGACGAUUAACUGGA